UGCGACGUUACUUUGGCAACGUUUAUUUUGGUUUUGUCCCUUGUAGCCUCAGCUAGCCGGUUAGCUAGUCUGCAGCGAUCCUGCCAAUGAACCAUCAAAAGAGAUGUCAAAAAUAAGCUCCGACACGCUGUGGGAGCUGGCGGCGGCGGAGGUGCAGGGUCGGGAGGAGGACGGAGGAGACGCGGCCAGCGAGAGGACCGUGUUUCUGCUGGGCAGCAAGGCUGGGGGUAAAACUUCCAUUCUUCUCAGAUGUCUUGACAGGGAUGAGCCUCCCAAGCCCACCCUGGCCCUGGAGUACACGUACGGCCGACGAGCUCGAGGACACAACACACCCAAAGACAUAGCUCACCUGUGGGAGCUGGGAGGAGGAAUCUCCCUAUCAGACCUGAUCCAGAUCCCCAUCACUGCCCUCAACAUCAAGUCUCUGGCAGUCAUCCUGGUGCUGGACCUUUCUAAACCCAACGCCCUGUGGGGAACCAUGGAGAGGCUGCUGCAGACCACACAGGCCCACGUGGAGAAGGCCUGCUCACAGGCGCAGCGAGCAGGGAAGGCCAAAGCCGGAGCCAAGCAGAAGGCCUCUUCCCAGCCAGCAGCACGUGUCUUACCUAAAGACUAUCCUGACAGAGAGCUGAUCAGUCCUUUUCCUGUUCCUCUGCUCAUCAUUGGAAGCAAAUAUGACAUCUUUCAGGAGUUUGACUCUGAGAAGAAGAAAGUGGUUAGUAAGACACUGCGCUUUGUUGCCCACUACUACGCAGCCUCUCUCAUUUUCACCAGUAUCAAGUCAGAGAGCCUGAUGUUAAAAACCAAGAGCUUCUUCUCCCACUUGGCCUUCAACCUGGACAGAGGGAAGUCUUUGUCGACUGAUUACAACAAGCCUCUGAUCAUUCCAGCAGGCUCAGACUCCUUCAGCCAAAUAGGUUCCCCUCCUUCAACCAAUGUGAACAUUGAUUCUCUGCAUGCCAAAAACCCAAAGGACCUCUGGGAGAAAGUCUACGAACAUGUCUUCCCCUCAGAGAGUUUCAGUGAACACAGAGAGCUGAAGGAUCCAGCCAGGGAUCCACAGUACAGUGAGCCUCAGAUUGAUGCCAUGAGGGCCCAGAAAGACCAGGAGCUGGAGCAGUACAAGAGGAACGCAGCUAAGUCAUGGAAAGGACUGGAGCUGGGAACCUGAGUGACAGGCAGCUUUAUGGUCACACACACACACGUUUACACCACAUAUCAGUGUAAUAUACAUGUUAUUUAUUUACACUUGUGUCAUUAUGUUGCUGUUUUUUUUAUCACUUAUGUGUUGAUAAGUCUUAUAGCUUUAAUAACUGUAGAAAAUCUUCUCAAUGAACACAGCAAAACAAUUUGUACAAUGAUGAUAAAAUGUGCUCUAUAAUAAACAAUUUAAUCAUUA